ACUCAUUUCGUCCGUGAAAAAGCGAAUCUUCAGUUAGGAACGAGAAUACUAUGCACACAGUUUUAUUGUUUCCAAAGUUUCAGGUUAUAUUUCUUCUUGUGUAACCCGAUAGAGAUUUCCAUUUUUAUUUCAAUUCAGUCAUGCUACCUACGAGUUACAUUCAGAUCUGAAGUGAAAAAUAUUUUUCUUGUUCAUAGUUUACACGGAGCUGCAAAGUUUGUGGUAAAAAAUAGUAAAACAGUUCUGUACUUGGAUGGAACUCAAGGGACAUAUGCUGAGACAUCAGCCAUUCCAUUUCAACAAACUGACCUUACCAUUGCAGUGUGGAUCAAACUGGUGUCACCAUUAACAAAGAGACAAGAAAUUUAUGCUGACUGGUCAAACCCUUGGCAGUUUCGAUUUGGCAUUUUGUUAGAUGGUAGACUGUAUUUCCAGGGAAGACGGAACGUUCAAGGGUCCAGUGAUAUGAUAGUUGUUAGCACAGGAUCCAGCGUCAUCGCGGACACAGAUGUAUGGCGUCACGUGGCAAUGACUUGGGGACGUGCGGAUCGUAAAGUGAGACUCUACAUAAAUGGAGAUGUGAAACUGGAUCGAAUUAUCCCUGACAAUCCAGUGCUUGACUUCAAGAAUUCAGGUCAUUCAGUCUAUGACAUCGGCUUGAAGAGGGACAGUGGCACUACAACUCACGCAUACUUCAGUGAUCUUAUAAUCUUUACCAAUGAACUAUCGGGAACUGAUCUGAAAAACGAGUUGUUUUUUAAUCAUCCACUUCGUAGUUUUACCUAAAUUACACAUUAAGGCUGUCUUUACAAUAGUUUUGUAGAUAACUCUAUUUUUAGAACAUAUCGGUUCAGAACGACGAUUUAAGAUUUAUUCUAGGUUGUUGUGGCGUAAGGUGAGGUAAGAUGGCAUGAAUUGUUUAAAUUUUUCAGAACUCCUGUUUAGUUCUGUAACGAGGAAAACAAACAGUAGAUAUGCUCAGUUUUCAAAUAAUCAUCAAAGGUUACUUUAUUCUUUAGAGGUACAGUGGAACCUCGUUAACCAGGUCACCAACGGGCCACAAAAAUCUGGCCGUAUUAAGGGUUCUUAAAAAAGAGGAUGACUGACUGAGCUUUUAUUCGGGCCAGAGCAAAGUGGCUGUAAUAUCGAGGUGACUGUAUUAAAGGGGUGGCCGUAAGGCGGGUUCCACUGUAUAAUGGUAUUAGGAUGUAAUUAGAGUUUUGUAAUCAACGCCUGAUGUUUUCAUUUUGUAUAAAUAAAGUUAUCUAUUGUAUUCUACUUUAUUCCAUUCUAUUCUAUUCUAUAAAUGUUAAGCAAUAUACGUUAUUCUAUUAAGAUCCUAAUAUCUGGAAUUCUCUACCAGUAUCUAUCACUGGGUCUACGAGCUUUAAGAGCUUAAAAAAAUCAAUUUUUAAUAAAAUAAUGCUGAAUAAGUCAUGCCGCGCGCACAACACUUACAACUUAUACUAUAUUAACAAUAAUAACAACAAUAAUAAUUCUUGUACCGGGAAAUUCUUCCUUUCUAGUUUUCCCUCGACUUCUGGUGAGGCCUAUUACGCGAUAACGCACUGUAAAAUAUUGGCCAAGACUUGAAGAGCUUUUUCAAAAGCUUUGCCAUUGCAAUGUCACGACAAGUUUACAGUCCACAGGUUUCGCCGUGUGUUAAUUUUCAUUGUUGUAGAAGACUCUGUCGACCAAACUACCUGUUAGCUCUGGCGUUCCACAAGGGAGCAUCCUUGGUCUAUUACUCUUUAACAUCUAUGUUAAUGACUCCCUUCUGCGCCAGAAAAUUGUUCAUCGCAGUGUUACGUCGACGAUACCAAACUACUCAUGUCAUUUCAACUCCACGAUCAGCACGAAGCGAUAGCAAAAAUGAAUAAGGACUUGUUAUGUAUUCGGAAUUGGUGCUUUGAUAAUCAACUAUUACUCAACCCAGCUUAAAACAAAACUAGUAAUAUUCGGCAGCCGGCAAAUGACUGCUAAGGUUAGUAAUUUAUCCUCACUGCAUAUCUAUUGUUAUGGGAGGAAUCCGCGACCGCCUAAGCAAAAGAUAUGCAGUAAGGCCGGAUGAGAGGUGGUCACCGCCACCAGGGGAGGAGGCAGGGGCGCAAAGCGUCUUCCCACGGCAAUCUCGUCAAACUGCGAGAUCUCGCACUACGCGGCCAGAUUUUAUGUUCGAAAGGCCGCAAAGGAUCAUACUAGACGCCACUAACCUAGACCCACGGGAUUAGCGGAAUGUAGCGCGCUAUCGCGAUACGCUAAUUAUAUAUGCAGUGAGAAUAGUUGCGUAUACACAGUGGAUAAUGGAUAAUGGAUAAUGGAUUCUUCCAUAUUCAGCGAUCAUUGCGUGAAAUGAAAUAGCAACGAUUAUAAACAAGAGAAGAUCAAAGUAAAAGAGUGAAUCUUCCAUAUAGGCCUUGUAUCCAGGGUAAUCCGUCUUAAGUUAUUUUUAGACGUGGUACACAAUUCUUCCGAGGUUGUUAAUAUUCCACAUCAGGUAAGUUAGAGACCAAGAGGGUCUUGAUAGGAGUAAAAUGGCCGAACAUUUAGUCGUUAAAGGUAUAAUGAAUUGAUAAAUAAGUUAAACGCUAAAAGAAUUUUAAAAGACAUUUA